CGGUAAAUUCUGCAAGAGAUGAUGUUCUGCGGCACGGGCAGUUUCAAGGACGUCGACAAGGCGGCGGCGCCGGAGGCGGUGAAGAAGAAGAAGCAGGCCGGUGGGAAGAAGGAGAACCCGUACGCGUCGAGGGGGCUCGACAAGUUCUCCACCGUGCUGUCCGAGCUCGAGUCGCGGCGGGAGAAGAUCCUGCGCCGCGUCGGCAGCGGCGCCGGUGAGGGUGGUGGCGGCGGCCAUGUCAUGGUCCGGUUCGUGCAGUCGGAGGGGAAGGGGUGGGUCCCCGUCAUCGUCAAGCUCCCGCCGGAGGAGCAGGAGCAGCAGCGGCGGGCGGGAGGCAAGAAGCGGAAGCAGGCCGCGUCGCCGACCUCGUCGCAGUCGUCCACGCCACCGACGUCGGAGCCUUCCAGCCCCAGAGAAGACGUGAAGGUCCCGGCCCCGGCGCCGGCGGCCGGAGCGGUAGCGCCGGUGAGGAGGAAGGCCGCCGCCGUCGCCGGCGAGAGGUGGUCGUGGUCGUGGGGGAAGAACGUGCGGCCGCGCCACUACAUGCCGUUCGUCGCGGUGCUGCUGCUGGCGAGCCUGGUGGUGUUCGGCAGGGUGUUCGCCAUCUGCUGCACCUCCGUCUGGUGGUACCUCGUGCCCAUCCUGACGACCGGCCGUAAUGGCGCCGGCGGCGAGGCGCAUGGCGCGAGGAGAGCGACGAAGGCCGCCGUCAAGGUUCUCGGCAAGAAGGCGAGCGACAAGAAGAUCGCCGGCGAGAAGCCCGUGGCGGCGCCAUUACUGGCUCCCUCACACGGCAAGAAGGGUAGUUCCGGCGUCCAUGAGUUGAUCUCGCCUAGAAGUCAUCCACAUGGGAAGAAAGGGUAGCAGUUCUCGUGGAUUCAUUCACAACGCCGCGCCGCGAAGAAUUAAACAUGUAAAUGUUUGUAUUGUAGGAUGGCCAGAAAGAUCAAAUUUUUUUUUGUUAUCUUUCCAACCUCUUCGUUUCAGUUUGGUUGCAAAUUGCAGCUAGCGUUUCAGUAGAGCAUCGGCCACUUCGUGUGUGGCGCUGUGGCUACCCAAAAAGUGUUCAUAAUUUUUUUUACAGAAUUAAGUGGAUUAACCCGUCCCUGGUUUACUGCACAUAGUUUAUUUUCAUGUUGCUCUAUUAUUAACUAGGAGAUUA